AUGCCAAUAACAAGCAUUCGCGCAGAAGCGCUCGCUGGCCCAGCCUGGGGCGGCGGAGGAGGAGGAGGCGAUGCAGGCGCAGAAGCAGGAGCAGCAAUAGACUGCACAGGUGGACCUCCUGCAACAGUAGUAGUCGUCGUCACUCCUGCCGACGUCGUUGAUGAAGUUGCGGGUGUUGUCGAAGAUGAUACAACCUGGGAUACUGAAGUAGUCGCCUCAACAACGCUAGUAGCUACAGAAGAAGUAGUAGCAGGACCACCAAUAUUCCUGCGUGUUGUUGUUGUUGUUGUUGUUGUUGGUGUCCGUGGGGUCGUGCGUGAUGUCGUCUGUGAAGCAGGGCCGAAAGCGAGGACGCUCGGGCUGCUGCUAGGAACGACAGAACUUGGGAUUGCAGUUGAGAUAGAUGGCUCGCCAACCCUUGUCGAUGUCGACUCCGAGGUUACCGGUUCGGAGGGAAGGAUACUUCCAACACCGAAAAGACGGCUUGAAGAAGUUGGUGAUGAGCGUGGAAUGCUGGUUGAUGGCGAAGAAGCUGGUAUCGAAGGUCUGAAUACUGAAGAUGUGCGAGACACCACUGGAGGGGAUGACGGGAUGGAAGAAGCUGGACGAGUGGUUGUCACUGACGGAGGGGGGGAAGCUGGUGGAGAAGAAGGAGGAGGAGGAGGUGGUGGUGGUGAUGGCGGAGGAGGCACGGAUGUAGAUGUAACUCUAGAAGAUGAAGGUAUAGUAACAGUGACAGUAUUCGGUGAUGGCGGAGGACAGAACGUCUCAGUGACCGUCACAGUAGACACACAAACCGGAGAAGAUGAAGGCGUAGACGGACGAGGAGGUGUCACCACUGAUGAUGACGAUGGUCGCGGUACAGAUGGUGCCGGUGGAACGCUAGACGACGGUCUUGGAGGCGUAGUCGAAACUCUGGGUACAGACGAGCUAGACGUCUGA